UUAUCUCCCAUGUUUACUUUUUUUACAGCGAAUGUAAUUAAAAAAGGAAAUUCACGUGAACCUCUCUCCCGGAUCGAAUUUGUGAAUUAUUUUCGAAGUAUAGGAUAUUUGGGUAUAUUAUUUCUUAUUUAAUGUCACUUUUCGAAAUUAUGAACUUUUCAAUUUACUGAUUUUCAAAAUCAAUAUUACAAGUUUGAGAAUAGAAUCCUAGAUCCCAAAGAAAAGAAGAAGAAAAAGGUAUCUGCUCUAUGAAGAUCUUUAGCUUCAUGGUUCUGUUCUCCCUAUGUUUUCAUUCAGUGUCUUGCUAAACUUAGUAGAAGGUCAACAGUCUUUAAUUUCAUACAUAGAUUCACAAUGUCUGAUAUUGCAAUUUGUUUCAUCCCUGUUAAUUAUAAUUUAACAGAGGAGGAACUUAAUAGAAUAGUGAUAGACUCUAUGAAAAGGGGCGUACUAGAUGGAGACUGUAGUGUUUGUCUCAGCGACAUAUCAGGAGACAUAUACCUCACGGGAUGCGUACACUGUUAUCAUAAGGAGUGCUUGCAGGAAUGGGUUGCGCAUUCAAAUGAGUCCUGCCCCUUAUGUAGGACAUCACUGAUAAUAGAGAAAACCUUCCGGAUAUUUGAUGUGAAAUCGAAUCGAUGAAUCAUGAUUCAUCGAUUCCAUCCGGAAGGUUUUAUUUUUUUUUAAUUGUAUAAUUUUGUAAAAAGGAUAUAUAUGUCAAUGAUAUAAUCAUUGACAUUGAAUAA